AGUCUGAGGAGGCUGAGGACGCCGGCGCCAGCGCUUGCAUGUGCGGCGGCCCCAACGCCAGCGCUUGCACCAGCAUUGAUGCCAGCUCCGACGCCAGCAUCAUCGCCACCUCCGACGCCAGCUCGGACGCUAGCGCCUGCGCCUACGCCAGCCUCGAGCCCGAGGCUGGAGAGGAGAAGGAGGAGGAGGAGGAGGAGGAGGCGAAAACGCCAGAAGAGGACGAGGAGGCCCAGGAUACUGAAGACGCUUACGCCUGCGCCUACGCCUGCGCCAACGCCAGCGCCUGCCCGAACGCCAGCGCCAGCUCAGACGCCAGCGCCAGCGGCGUCGACGGGGUGAACUUCAAGGUCGGGAUCGUGGAGAGCGUCUCGGACGGCAGACUCGACCUAGACAACGGCCCGAAGGCGACCGAGGCGACCCGGGCUGCGCUGGCGGACUGGUGGACGAUCAUCUUGUACGACUCGAUGGGCGUGCCCGAGAGCCUGCAGACCAGCAAGGGCACCCACGGCGUCGCGGGGCCACCGAGGCCGGGAAGGCAGAGGAGGCCAGGAAGGCCGAUGAGGCCAGGGAGGUCGCAGAGGCCGAGAGGGCUGAUGAGGCGAGGAAGGCUGAGGAGGCCAGGAAGGCGGAGGAUACCAGGAGGGCUUCUGAGGCCGAGAAGGCCGAGGAGGCCAGGCGGGCCGAAGGGGCCCAGACGGCCGGCGAGGCCGAGAGGGCAGAGGAGGCCGAGGUGGCAGAGAAGGACGUGGAGGCCAGGCCGACGAGCUCGCCUGCAGCGGCACGUACUGCGACGGCGACAGCCGCGCUGACAGCGGCCCCUACUGCGGCACCGACGGCUGCGCCGAUUGCGGCACCAACGGUGGCGCCGGUUGGCACUCCGGCAGCUGCGCCCGCGGCGGCACCGGCAGCUGCACAGUCUGCGGAGCCGACAGCGGUGGUAGC